UUUCUCCUCCCUCAUCGCUCUGUGGCAAGAGAAGCUCUUUCACAUCCUUUCUCCUGAGGCAGGGCAAAGCUGCUGAGGUCAUGGCUUCCGCUUCUGAUUCAUUAUAAAACCAUUGGAUAUUUUCAUGAAACCCACAGAUUCCGAACAUUGCGUUGUUCAAUGGAUUUGAGAAGGCUUUCAAGAACUAUACGUUCUUCUUUCUUGUCACGCAUCUCGCGCCCCUUGAGCGGGGUAGCAUCAACCGACAAUAGCCUUCCUCCAUCUCCGCCUUUAAAGCCUCAGAGUCAUUCAUUACCUUCUUCUGAGCAGAGUCUGCAUGAUUUGGUGCAUUCUAUUCUCUCCAGCAAGGUUCUGGAUUCUUCUACUUGUGAAGCUUUGAUACCCCGCUUGUCACCUCUUGAAUUUGAUCACUUAUUCUUUACUAUUAAAUCCAAUGUGAACCUCAAAACAACUCUUCACUUCUUUCAUUUUGCUGCCGAUUCUUUUAAGUUUCGGUUCAUGGUUCGGUCAUACUGCCUUUUGGUUCGUUUACUUCUGUCUUCGAACCUUUUAUCGCCCGCAAGGUUGCUUUUAAUCCGUUUGAUUGAUGGGAACUUGCCCACUUUGUUUUGUGACCAUGAUAAUAGGCACAUUGAGAUAGCUGCUUCCAUAUUGGAGUUAAAUGCUGUCACAGAAAAAAAUCACGAUGGAUUGGAUUUGUUGAUUCAUGUUUUCUGCACCCAAUUCAAGAAUACGGGUCUUCAUUCUGCUGUUGAUAUAUUUUAUUUAUUCUGGAGAAAGGGGAGGUUUCCAUCUCAGAAAACUUGCAAUUUGUUGUUGACCGCAUUAUUGAAGGCUAAUGAACUUCCAAAGUGUUACGAAGUGUUUGAAGCUUAUUGCCGACGUGUUUUACCUGAUGUUUACACGUAUACUACUGCAAUCAAUGCAUUUUUUAAAGGAAGCAGGGCAGAGGAUGCAAUUGGUUUGUUUUUUAAAAUGGAGGAGAUUGGUCAAUCGCCUAAUGUUGCCACCUACAAUAUCAUGAUUGAUGGGCUCUGCAAGAGUGGUAGAUUAGAAGAGGCAUUUCGAUUUAAAGAAAGGAUGGUAAAAAGCAAUGUGAGUCCAAGUCUUAUAACAUAUAGUGUACUUCUCAAUGCUUUGAUGAAGCUGGGGAAAUUUGAUGAAGCAAAUUACCUUUUGGUGGAAAUGUCUGCAAGUGGCUUUACUGCUAAUGUAUUCAUUUAUAACACGCUAAUUGAUGGAUGCUGCAGGGAGGGAAAUAUGAGUGAGGCACUAAGGAUCAAUGAUGACAUGUUAUCUAAGGGCAUAAGACCCAAUUCUGUUACUCUUAAUACUCUUUUACAAGGUUUUUGUAGAACUAAUCAAAUGGAACAAGCUGAGAAAAUAUUAGAGGAGAUAUUAUCCAGUGGGUUAUGUAUUAACCAGGAUGCAUGUUUUUUUGUUAUUCACUGGCUAUGUAAGAAAGCGAGGUUUGAUUCUGCCCUCCGAUUUGUUAGAGAGUUGUUGUUUAGGAAUAUCAAGCCUAGUGAUAGCUUGCUUACCGUAUUAGUCCAUGGACUUUGUAAGUGUGGAAAACAUUUAGAGGCUAUUAAGCUUUGGUUUAGCCUUGCAGAUAAAGGCUUUGCAGCCAAUACUAUUACCUCAAAUGCUCUUCUUCAUGGACUUUGUGAACAAGGGAACAUGCACAAGGUUGACAUGACACUCCGAAAGAUGCUUGAGAGGGGUUUGGUGUUGGACAGGGUCUCAUACAACACUCUCAUUUUUGGCUGUUGCAAAGGUGGGAUGGUCGAACAUGGUUUCAAGCUUAAAGAAGAGAUGGCUAAGCAAGGAAUCCAACCAGAUAUACAAACCUACAAUUGUAUAAUGAAGAGUUUGGUUGAUGUGGGUAAAAUGGAUGAUGCUAAUAAGCUUUUGCAUGAAGGCCAGCAAAAGGGAUUGGUUCCUAAUAUCUAUACAUAUGCAUUGAUGAUUAAAGGAUAUUGCAAGUCUGACAGAAUUGAAGAUGCUGUAAACUUAUUCAAUGAGUUAGUUAAUAACAAGAAAGUAGAACUAAAUUCUGUUAUUUUUAACAUACUUAUAGCAGCCUAUUGUCGAAUUGGUAAUGUGAUAGAAGCCAUCAAACUUCGUGAUGCCAUGAAAAGUAGGGGUAUUUCACCAACAUGUGCCACAUAUUCUUUGCUAAUACAUGGAAUGUGCAAUAUUGGCUGUCUUGACGAGGCAAAAGAAAUUUUUGAAGAAAUGAGAAAAGUUGGCUUGUUGCCAGAUGUUGUAUGUUAUACUGCGCUUAUUGGUGGUUACUGCAAGCUUGGCCAGAUGGAUAGAGCGGUGAGUGUUUUGCUUGAAAUGUCUGCAAACAAUGUACAUCCCAAUAAAAUUACAUACACUGUUAUAAUUGAUGGGUAUUGCAAAUUGGGCAAUAUGAAAGAAGCAAAUGAGAUUUUAGGUACGAUGACAGUAAAUGGAAUAACACCAGAUACUGUCACUUAUAAUGCAUUGGUAAAUGGGCAUUGCAAGGAAAGGAAACUACAAGAAGCCUUUCAACUGUGUGAUCACAUGUCUGGUGGUGGAUUAUCAUUAGAUGAAAUUACAUAUACCACAUUGGUUCACGGGAUGCAUCCUCCUUCAAAACUUAACAUUCAAGAGUAAUUAGGAAGCUUCUCAGAGUUGGUUGAUACAAUGAAUCCUGGGGUCGAUACUGCCAUAAUCAUGUUCAACCUCAGCAUCUACUGAAGAUGAAGGUUUACGCUUGAUAUCUGGACAUGUGGGUUAAAGGCAACAACUAAGGCAGCAUGCUCUUUCCUCAGAUUCCUGAUUGAAGGCUAAACUUUGAACUUUAGAGGGAAAUUAAAUUGUUGAGUAUACGAGGACUGCCAGUACAGCAAUGAUUUUCUCGCUCCUUAACCAGUUACCAGGUUGUGGUCUUCUGUUGGUCCUUGAUUGGAAUAUGUUUGUAUUUCUAUGGUUUGUAGAUUUAUUGCUGUGGUUUUACUUCUUGUGUGCAGGCAUUUCGGAAACGAAGUGACAUGGCCAAGUAUCAAAUGGACAACUCUAAUUUUUACUAAUUUUUGUCCAGUGAGUGUCUCAUAGCGUCUUAAGUUUUACUAACUUUCAUCUUGCGAGAGUCCCAUGAUGGAAUUAUUUUCCCCAUACAGGAGCCUUCUGUCAACUACAGUUGAUGCUAAAAGACUUUAAAGUAAUCAAAUGACCUGAAUCUGCCGUUAGAUAUAGCAUUGGAGACUUGAAGAAGCCAAAAGGGGACUUACUUUCUUGCCUGAACCUGUGAAAUGUGGGGCAACCUCUCUUCCCCCCUUGGAUUGUUUAUGUUUUAUUCUACUUUGGACAUAUUAACAUAUUUUAAUGAUAAUUUAAAAUUCCGAGAGUCUAGAGUCCAACUAACUAAGGCCUAGUACAUCUAACAUCUGCGGUUAGAAUAAGUUAUUGUUCCCUGAAUAAAUAUGACAACUUUAUUUUCUUGAAUAUUUAUUUUGAUGGUCUUGUGUA